AUGGUGAUGCCUGGUGACGUCAACAAGCCCAAUACCCCAUUGCUAACUGGGCACGUGGCACGGCUGGACCCUUGCCACGGUGACCUCUACACGUCGUCUUGCCGAAGCUGCCAGGUCUCCCUGGGUGGCUGGGAGAGCUUUGUUCAUGACCCAGCCCGCGGCAGAUCCCACGCCGAGGUUAUUCCCGGUUUGCCGUUCUCCAUCACCUCCGAGGGGCUGGAGCGGACGUUCGCCACCAACUACUUGGGCCCUUUUCUUCUGACCAAUUUGCUUCUGGACACCAUGAAGGGCUCCGCUCCCGCCCGCAUCGUGAACGUCUCGUCCUUCAGACAUGUCCGGGGCACGGCCAACGUGAAGCACCUGUCCGGGGAGGAGAGGCCCAAGAACUUUGACCAGUCCUACAAUAGCACCAAGCUGAUGAACAUCCUGUUCACCAACGAGCUGGCCAGGAGGCUGCAGGGCACAGGGGUGACGGCCAAUUCCAUCAACCCCGGCAUCGUGAGGACAGAAAUCAUGCGCCACUUCAACUGGCUGGUUCGUCUGCUCUUCAGCAUCACCAGCAUCUUCUUCAUGUCCGCUGAGGAGGGAGCAACCAGCACCAUUUACUGCGCCGUCUCAGAGGAGGUCGCGGACAUCACGGGGAAGUACUUCGACAGCGACUGCAGACUGGUGCUGCCCUGUGCGGCUGCCCGCGACCCGGGCCUGGAGCGCAAGCUGUGGGAGGAGUCGGAGCGACUGACCGGCCUCACGGAGAGCGGGCGCAUGUGAACAAUGGAGCCUGUCGCCCCUGCCCUGCAGAACCCAGCUACUCCCGCGGGCGCAGGGCCAGGGGGCCUGCGGGAGCUGGGACCUGGGGCGAGCAGGAGGGGAGGUGGGGGCUCUGCUGGCAGAAGCCAGACCGGCAGGAGGGUGGGGAUUAGCUGAGUCAUUGCAAGGUAGGGUUGCCAACUUUUUACUUGCAGAAAACCAAACACACUUGCCCCACCGCUGCCCCUUCUCCGAGCCCUCCCGCAUGUCGCUCAUUCUCCCAUCCUUGCUCAUUUUCACCGGGCUGGCUUAGUGGGUAGGGGUGCAGGAGGGGGUGAGGGCUCCGGCUGGGGGUGGGAG